UGCUGUUAUUUUUUUGUUGUUAGAUUUGUGUUAAAAUCCUUUGAAUUGCAAUAAAAUACAGACAGCGUGGUUUUGAAACGUUCUUGGGACGGUUUUCGACGUGUUUUUCAGACCUUCAGAAAUACAGAUAGUAAAAUAUAACAAUAAACCCCCUUCACCCUUUAGAAUUUAGGAUACCAUUUUUUAUUUUUUCCAUCUGGCAACACUGCUUACAGGUGACAAUGAAAAUUAACGUUAACCUCAAACAAAAAAAUAAACAAACAAUUUAUUUCCCAGAUUAGAGGAAUUUUAUAUUUAAUUAUGGAAAUUGUCAACUCUAAUUCGGCUUCUCUGAGCAACUAUGAAGUGCUAAAGCAUUUACAAAAAAUCAAAGAAAGCAAAAUCAAACACGGAGGCCAAUUGGCAACUAUAACUUACGAGACUUUACACUAUCUGGAAGAAGCCCAAUGCAAAAAUCAAACAGCUGAAAGUAUAGCUGCUUGUAUAAAGGACUUGGAACCAUUUAAUUUGAAUAAAAGUGAAAAACUAAUGCUGGUGAAUACACCUCCAACAACAGCAUUAGAAAUUCAAUUAAUGAUAGAAGAAAGUGAGGAUAGAUUAACAGAAGAACAAGUACAGCAAAUAUUAAAUAUACUUGUGCAGCAUUUUCCUCAUAUAGCUCCUGCAAAACAAGAUGACAAUCAAGAAGAGGAAGAAGAAGAAGAAAACUCAGAUUAAAUUUAGCUUUUAUAUUCAAU